AAGAAAAGAGGGAGGAGCCCCGCCCCGUAUCUCUGGGAUCCAAAGACUGACCGCCCCCCUGCCGCCGCCGCCGCCGCCGCCCCUGCUCUGGUAGCAGCCGGUUCAGCCCCAUGAGCCGGGUAGAGAGGCAAACGUCGGAAGAGAAAGAGGCGCAGAAAAGCGAGAGCUGGGCUGAGAAGGCGGAUGAGAAAGCCAGAAAUCUGACGAGAAAGCCGCCGCCGCAACAAGGAAACGGGCAGAUCUACUACCAAUCACCCAAAAGAGAGAAAACAAGCUGGGAAUGAGAGAAUAUAUUGGCCAAAAAUGAUCCAGGAAGCCCUGGAGAAACUAAACCCAAGCGAAGAUCUAAGGAAGCCUUCCGAGAACAGGCGCUGCUGUCCGGAAUAAAACGGUGACAGAUGCGUGGGAGCGGAGCAAACAAGAUCAAACCGAUCUGUUUGUAACCUUCGCUGCUGUUUGGUUCUCCUCCUCCUUCGCUUCAGGGGAAACUUCGCAGAAGCAACGGUUGGAAAACGUAGGAGAGAAUCAAAACCAAAGACGAGAGGUCCCACGCUGCCAGCAUCUGUGGUUUGGAGCCCUUGAGCUGACUGCUACUGAGAAGUCCUGCAUUUGAGAGAGAUUUGCUUGAUACCAGAACCAAAGAAUGGUUAGCUGCUAGUACUCGCACCACAACUCGGUAGAAAGAUCCCGUUUGGCCCUAAGAAGUCUGACGUUAGAACCCAAAGAACUCCUUCAUUUCAUCCUUCUAGAACCAACAGGAGGGAGAUUCCGCUAGGCUGGAACAGAAGAGAGACUAGAUCUGGCUAUACUGUAAUUUGAAACACACUUUGAUUCCAAAGGCAGCAGCUCAGCAUUUAAAGUAGUUACUAAGCAAAUUUGGAAUCAGGGAUCCUAAACUAAGUUAACAAGCAGAGCCAGAGUGGAAGCAUAGAUUCUAGGAAAUAUUAUUUGCAGCAACUUGCCCAAGACCACUUCCACAGAAUACCAAGAAGUCUAAUUGGACCAGCACAUACACAGUGCAUCCAAAGUUCUUCAGAUUCUAGGAAAACCAUCUACAGUGACUAACUCAGAGUCCCUCUGGGUUCAGCACCAAUUACUCAGGGCAAUCUGCUUGCCCAGAGGCAAAUCUUGUUGAGAGGGAGACCACCAUGGAGGAUGGACCGCGUCGGCGAGGUGGCUCUGAGAAAGGUCCAGCUAGCACAGACAAAUCAGAAGGAGGUGGUGUUGCACUCAAGAAGGAGAUUGGGCUGAUGAGUGCAUGUGGCAUUAUUGUGGGCAACAUCAUUGGAUCAGGAAUCUUUGUGUCACCGAAGGGUGUGCUGGAGAAUGCAGGCUCAGUCGGGCUGGCACUCAUAGUGUGGAUUGUAACUGGUCUCAUCACCGCGGUGGGAGCCCUAUGCUAUGCGGAACUCGGCGUCACCAUCCCCAAAUCUGGAGGCGACUAUUCCUACGUUAAGGACAUCUUUGGGGGAUUGGCUGGGUUCCUACGGCUAUGGAUUGCUCUGCUGGUGAUCUACCCUACCAAUCAGGCUGUGAUUGCCCUCACCUUCUCAAACUACAUACUGCAACCGAUCUUCCCUGCCUGCUUCCCCCCAGAAACUGGACUGCGACUGCUGGCUGGAGUCUGUCUUUUACUGCUGACUUGGGUGAACUGUGCCAGCGUGCGCUGGGCCACGCGCGUCCAGGAUGUCUUCACGGCAGGGAAACUGCUGGCGCUGGGACUUAUCAUUGUCAUGGGAAUCGUUCAGAUCUGCAAAGGUGAAUAUUUUUGGCUGGAGCCAAAACAUGCCUUUGAAUUCUUCCAGACCCCGGAUGUGGGACUCGUGGCGCUGGCCUUCUUGCAGGGCUCUUUUGCCUAUGGGGGCUGGAAUUUCCUCAACUAUGUCACAGAAGAGCUGGUUGACCCUUACAAGAACCUGCCUCGAGCCAUCUUCAUCUCCAUUCCCCUGGUCACCUUUGUCUACGUCUUCGCCAAUGUGGCCUAUGUCACUGCCAUGUCACCCCAGGAGUUGCUGGCCUCCAAUGCUGUUGCAGUGACAUUUGGGGAGAAGCUGCUAGGAGUCAUGGCUUGGAUCAUGCCCAUCUCUGUUGCCCUUUCCACUUUUGGAGGAGUCAACGGGUCACUUUUCACUUCCUCUAGACUCUUUUUUGCUGGAGCGCGGGAGGGCCAUCUCCCCAGCGUCUUGGCGAUGAUUCACGUGCGACGCUGCACUCCCAUACCUGCCUUACUUUUCACUUGCAUUUCAACAUUGCUUAUGCUGGUCACAAGUGAUAUCUAUACCCUGAUCAAUUAUGUGGGUUUCAUCAACUACCUCUUCUAUGGAGUGACUGUGGCUGGGCAAGUGGUACUACGCUGGCAGGAGCCUGACCUACCCCGACCUAUAAAGGUGAAUCUGUUCUUCCCCAUCAUUUACCUGCUGUUUUGGGCCUUCCUGUUGGUAUUCAGCUUGUGGUCAGAACCUUUGGUUUGUGGCAUUGGUCUGGCCAUCAUGCUGACCGGAGUCCCCGUCUACUUCCUGGGGGUACACUGGGAGCCCAAGCCACCUGCCAUCAACAUGUUUGUCGAUGCGAUCACUCGGGCAGGACAAAAGCUUUGUGUCGUUGUUUAUCCUGAUAUGGCUGCGGGAGAAACUGAUGGUGGCCUCAGCAAGGAGACCAAAGAGCAGCUGGAGCCAAUGUGUGGACCUGAAGACCUCAAAAACCUCCCCAAAUAAGCUGUUCCGCUGCCUGGCAGGGCAGAAAGAGCUGCCAAGUAUGGACUGCACAGUAGUACCUCCUUCGCUGGGUGUGGAAUGAAUGGGAGCCUCCUGCACCCUUUAAUGUUUCCUCCCUGCUGCCUACAGCACCACAUUGUGGGACUGGUCUGCCUGGGAAUGCCCUGCUCUCUCUAUUUCCUAUGGCAAUGUCUUGCUGAGUCCAGAGGACCAAUGCUCACCAUUCCCUACUUGCAGUUCCCCCCUCUACAGAAGCUGGAAAAAAAACACGGAGCUCUCCUCUGAGUAAAACAGGAAAAAAAAACACAACACAACCACGUUCCUCUGGCCACCCGCUGACACAAUCCUUGCUGGAAGGGGCUCCCAUGUCGUUGCCUUAUAUUGCUGGGAAUAUUUCCAUUGGGUUUGAGCCUCAUCAGGGGAAAGUAUAUCUUCUCCCUUGGUUUUGUGUCUUUGUAUUUUUCACGUUUUUCUCUUUUUCUCUUUUUUGGUGUAAUAAAUUAAACCCAGUUGCCA